AUGGACGAACGUCAUGGCCCAGACACCAUAGUCCCGGCAAACGCAGCACAAAAGAAUAGAAUUGGCCAGCGCAUCAAGUUUCGACUGGGAACCCUUCGGCAUGCUUUCACCACUCGUGACGGACUCGUCGGCGACUACGACUAUGCUUUUCUGCUGAGACCAAAUCUUCCGUUUAUGAACAAGAACACAUACCGCAGCCCUUUCUUCGGUCUCGAUGACAAGAUGCCCGUCUGUUUGGCGCUGCUUCUAGGUUUGCAGCAUGCUUUGGCCAUGCUUGCUGGUGUCAUUACUCCUCCUCUCAUCCUGAGUGGCAGUGGAGGUGCGAAUCUCGACCAAAGCCAGCAACAAUAUCUGGUUUCCACGGCCCUCAUCGUCUCUGGAAUCUUGUCAGCCGUGCAAAUCAACCAUUUCCGAGUUCCCAAGACGCCGUACUUCAUUGGAACUGGCGUCCUUUCGGUAGUCGGCAUAUCCUUCAGCAUGAUUCCAAUUGCCCAAGGCGCCUUUAAGCAGAUGUACGCCAACGGCUACUGCCCGUCUGAUAAGGACGGCGCUCCUUUACCGUGUCCCAAAGGGUACGGUGCCCUAAUCGGCACUUCUGCCAUCUGUGCGUUGACCGAGAUCUUGAUAUCUUUUCUGCCGCCGAAGGUUCUCCUGCGCAUCUUUCCCCCGAUUGUUACUGGCCCCACGGUUAUGUUGAUUGGCGUCCAUCUCAUUGAGAGUGGUUUCAAGAAUUGGAUGGGAGGCAGUGGGCCAUGCUCCAAUCCAGCAUCCGUAGGCGACCAAGCCAGCGUUUUUGCGCUCUGUCCGAAUAUCAAUGCGCCACACGCUCUCCCCUGGGGAUCCCCCGAGUAUCUCGGCCUGGGAUUCUCAGCCUUCAUCACCAUUAUCCUGUGCGAACGAUUUGGAUCGCCAAUCAUGAAAUCCACUUCUGUGAUAUGGGGACUGCUCGUAGGGUGUAUCAUUGCAGCAUCAUGCGGAUAUUUUGACCGAAGCGGCAUCGACUCGGCCCCCGUCGCGUCGUUCGUCUGGGUACACACGUUCCCUCUUACUGUUUAUGGGCCGCUUGUUCUGCCCAUUAUGGCGGUGUUCAUUAUAUGCGCCACCGAGGCCGUUGGCGAUAUCACGGCGACUUGCGAUGUUUCCCACAUCGAGGGGGAGGGUCGCAUUUACGAGUCCCGUAUCCAGGGUGGACUGCUAACAGAUGGCAUCAACUCCAUCAUUGCUGCCAUGAUGACCAUGACGCCAAUGAGCCGAUUUGCUCAAAACAACGGUGUCAUUGCCCUGACGAGAUGUGCCAAUCGCAAUGCCGGCCUUGCCUGCUGCUUCUUCCUCGUUGUCAUGGGAACUUUUGCAAAAUUUGCCGCAGCGCUUGUUGCAAUACCCUCCGCCGUCUUGGGUGGCAUGACGACAUUCCUUUUCACGGCGGUUGCAGUGUCCGGAAUGGCCAUCAUUGCUUGUGGAACUGACUUCAAUCGACGCACUCGCUUCAUCCUCACGACGGGGUUGGCUCUUGGCUAUGGCGCAACCCUCGUGCCCACCUAUUUUGACAAGAUUUUUAGCUAUUCUGGCGACAACCACGCUCUCAGGGGCUUCCUCGAUGCCAUUGUUCUCAUAAUGGAGACUGGAUUCGCGGUGGCUGCGGCGGUCUGCAUGGCACUCAACCUGGCGCUGCCUGAGGAGAUGGAAGACGAAGACAUCAACGUGCAGGCAGUGGAGCCGGCUGGCGCGAAUACACCCUUUGGGAAGGACGGAGUUGCUGAGGGAAGGGAACACCCAGGUGGCGUCUUAUAA